GUUGGGCAAACCGGGUUGGAUGUCCAGCCAGCGCCCACGCCUCGAGGUCUCCGUUGGCGACAUCCACAAGGAGACGGAGCUCGGCGACUACGACGAAGGCAAUUCUCGCGGGUCUGGCGACGGUGCGUCCAAGGACUGUCCCUGGCGCUUUGGCGACACCCUCACCUUCAAACUCAACCUGCAGGACGUGCUCGGACCUGGACUCAAGCUCAAGCUUCGAGCCGUCAGCGACAUCACGCUGGGACCCUUGCAACUUCAGAUGAGCAGACUUCAAGAAGUGGGAGAGGCCUGCGUGAACCUUCGGCGAAGGGCCUUACCGGGCUGCCAGCCGAGGAGCAGCAGUGAUGGGGCGCAGGUUUGGGGGAGCCCUGUGCUCUUGGUGCCACUCUCCCAUGUGAAGGGUGGAGUCCUUGGCGAUGCCCAGCUACUUGGAGAUGCAGCCGCUACCGUCGCUGUGGCACUUUCGGUCGAUACAGAUCCCGACACGAUCCUGGAAGCUGCCGAAGCCACAACUCGCACGGUCUCAGAAUCUCUGGCCCUCACAGCAGGGGACCUCAUGCGUCAAGUCGGUGCACCCAUAGGCUGGUUCAACCACGAGGCUCCGGCGGAGGAGGCCAGCAGCCCACCUGCCAUGGAGGGGCUGAGGACGCUGACACCGGGCGAGGCGCAGGAGGCUGCCGAGCGGGCUCGACGGAGGAGUGGCAAGGUGCCCAGUGCCGAAGCGCCCCUCCUGGCACCCGACCUUGCACCGGAAGGCUGGAUUUCCAGAAAGGGCCCGCAUGGCCGGUACCACUGGCAUCACCGAUCUCUGGGGCCAGCUCCCUGGGAGGAGAAUCCGUCCAGUUUCUGCGAAGAUACUGGCCAAGGGCCCCCAGCGGCCCCAGCGAGAAGCGUCAGCUUCGGACCGAUCUUGAGUGGGGGACUGCCUCAAGAGAGCUGGACCAGCCACAAGGGUCCGAACGGUCGCAUCUUUUGGCACAACACUCUUCUAGGUCCUCCGCCUUGGGAGCAGCCAGGUGGGGACCCGAAGUAG